UUCUCGUUGACUCGUUGAGUUUUCAAGCGACAUGUUUCGGAUCCUGCUUACCCCCCGUUCAAUAUUGUGGAUUCUCCCAGAAUUCAGGUGUUUUAAUUGUUAUUGCUAGUUAGCGUGUAAGUCUGUUUGCAGGUAAUUCGAAAUGGAAGACGACCACGAAUCAGUGAAUGGUUUUGACAGCCCCAGCCUGCUCUGUGAUGAGGAUGUGGGGAAGGAGGAAGAGCGGCCAUACUUUGGAAGUCAGAAAGAGAGCAGAAAAGCAGUGCAGGAAGAGAAAGAAAGAGAAAGAGUGGCGGAGCAGACGAAAGAGAUGGAGGAGAAGGUGAUGGAGCAGCAGCUGCAGGUGGAUGCAGCGGAGGGGGCAGAGAGGAAGAGAGACGGCGAGGAGCUGAAUGCAGGAGACUCGCCGUUCUUCUCCUUACAGGAGGACGAGGAGCCGGGCGAGGCUCGGGCGGAGUCGGGGCUGCUGGCCGUGUGUGGGCAGGAGGAGUACUUCAGCUCGGCCCCGCCCAGCGACGGCCCCAGCCCAAUCGGCCAGCCCCUCUGCCCUGUGCGCAUUCAGCCGCCACGCCCGCAGAAGAGGCCCCGCAGCAGCCCCACGUCGGAAGCCCCGCCCCUGUUGCCCCCCCAGUCCACGGAGCCCGACCUCCCCGUGAAGCCUCCGCCCAAAGUGGUGAGCCUGGGCGACUUCCAGCCCCUGCAGGUGAAGUUCACCCAGGUGUACACCACCCGCCGCUACACCCGGUACACCGCCCGUGGGCAGGGCGCCUUCCUGCAGUACCCCGCGCUGCCCGUAGGGGAGGGCAGCGACGCCCUGAGGCUGGAGGACUCCCUAGAUCCGGCCCUCAUGCCCCCCAAACCCAAGAAGAAGAUGCGCACCCUCUACACCACUGAUCAGCUGGAGGAGCUGGAGCGCUUGUUUCACGACGACCACUACCCAGACAGCGACAAGCGGAAAGAGAUAGCGGUCGCCAUCGGCGUCACGCCCCAGAGGAUCAUGGUGUGGUUCCAGAAUCGCAGAGCGAAGUGGCGUAAGGUGGAGAAGACGACCGGCAGGCAAGAGCGGAGACAGAGCCAGGACGGGCGCGGCCACCUGCAGAUCGCCGCCCCUCAGGCCAGGGGGGCUCCCCACUCGGUGCAGGCCUCCCGUGUCACCCCCCAGACCAGCCAGGCCCUGCCCCACUACAACACCAUCCUGGCCAGCUGCCCCAGCCCCACCGGCGUGGCAGCGGGAGGGGACGUCGGGCAGCAGUGUCUGACAGCCACAGGUCCUGCAGGGUCUGCAGUGGACCACCUGCCCCCUGUGAUGCUGAGCCCGCCUCCCUUACGCCGAGCCAGUCUGCCCCUCCUCACCUCCUACAACCCCCCCAACCACCUGGCCCCUCUCCUCCUGGACACGCCCGACAACAGCUUCACCACGCCCCACCCAGACAGCGCUGGCAAGGAGAGCCAGGGGACCUCCAGCUCCAUUUUCGACUACAGCGAGGCCGUGGGGAACACAGUGAAGGUGGACACGCAGCACUACCUCCAUAGCGGCCACCAGGGCGGCGCUCUGUCGUACCAGCUCAACCCGUACCCUCAGCAGCACGGCAGCCUUCUGCCCGCCUCCAACCUGGGCCAGUACCCCCGCCUGUCCUACCUGGCCCCCUCCUCCAGCCUCGCGCCCACCCCACCUGACAACAACCCGCCGUCUUACCUGACUUUUGGGACCGGGGGCAAUGCGGGGGUGGUGACCUACACGACCGGGGGACAGGCCUACUUCCAGUCUCAGAGUGGGGGACAGUUUCUCCUGCAGUCAGGAGUGCACGGCGGGCUGGGCGCGUUUCAGGCCUGCCCGUGGAGCGACGCGUACGGCCAGGUCGGCCAGUUCCCUCCCGCGGUGUUCCACCGCACCCAGUACGCCCCCAGCGCCGCCCCGGGCCUGCUCUCCACCCAGCACUACAUCCAGAUGCAGAGGCCCGCGACGGGACCGGGGCAGAGCGUGUUCCAGCCCGUUCAGAGGGGCCCCGUGGGCCCCUUGGCCCCCCUGCAGCUGCCCCCGGCCUCCACCCUGCGGCCCCAGUAUCAGAUCCCGGAGAGGGCCGACCGGACCCUGCCCGGCGCCAAGAUGGGGCACGACCCCGGCGGCAUCGCCGUGAAACCUGAAUACGACCCGCCACCCGAGUCCAAUCAGAGCCAGCCGCCAGACACCCGCACCACGGAGACUGAGCCCCCCUUCAGCUGUGACUUCUCCCCCAUCCACUUCUGACUGCCCCAGGUACACCACCUGUCUGCGGGGGCCCGCCCGGGCAUUUAGUUGACGUUUUGCACAGAAUAAGUUGAAUAUUGUCCAACGGGGAUGGUAAUAUAAGUUACUUGUUGUUUGUCGUGCCCUAGGUUCUUUCUGCAACAUGCUGGACAUUAAUUAAAAGAGUUUAAAAGUAUUUGGGACAA